GAAUAUUAUUUGCCCUAUUCACGCUGACUUCCUCUAACUGCGAGAUCUUCUUAUAAACCCCAUCAUGGUGCGCCAUAAGAAAGAGUUCAACAAAUCCGGCAAAAAGUACUCUAACCCUGCGCGCCCGCGUGGGACGCGGCCCGAAAAUCUCGAUGGUGAUACCGGAGGUAGCAAGCCUGCAUUCAAAGCUGCUUGUUGGGAUCUGGGUCACUGCGAUGCGAAGCGCUGUAGUGGCAAAAAGCUCAUUCGCCUCGGUCUCAUGCGCGAAUUGCACGUCGGUCAAAAAUUUGCAGGCGUCAUUGUUUCGCCAAAGGCUAAGAAGAUUCUGGCUCCCAAUGACCGAGAGCUGCUUGAAACCUAUGGUGCAGCGGUUGUUGAGGCUUCCUGGAACCGCAUAGACGAAGUGCCUUUCAAUCGCAUUGGGGGAAAAUGUGAACGCUUGCUCCCAUACCUUGUGGCAGCCAAUCCAACCAAUUAUGGCCGACCGUGGCGUCUCAAUUGUGUGGAGGCUCUGGCAGCUUGCUAUUUCAUCUGCGGUCAUCAGGAGUGGGCAGAAGAAAUCCUAGCAAGCUUUUCAUAUGGUGAAGCUUUCUUGGAUAUCAACGCAUCGCUCCUGAAGAGGUAUGCAGCCUGCCAGGACGAAGACGAUAUCAAGAAAGCGGAGGAAGUUUGGCUGGAAAAGAUAGAACGGGAAUAUUCGAAAAGUCGAGAAGAUAAAGAAACUGGAAAGGAAGAGGAUGCAUGGGCAGGUGGAAAUCUGAAUAGAAGACCAGUGGAUGACUCCGAGGAAGAGAGUGGCGAGGAUGGCGAAGACAGCGAUGCAGAGGUGGAACAUCAAAGGUCAUAUGAUCUACCCGAAUCCGAUGAUGAUGAUGAUGAAGAGGAGGAGAUGGCGGAAAUACGGCGAAGAGUCCUAGCCAGCAAGCCUUUUGCGAACCCAACUUCUAUUGACGAUAAUGAACGGGAAAAACCUGAAGCGAUCAAGAAAUCAGACCUUGAGCAGGCACAUGAGAGUAUUGUCGACGACGAGGAUGGUUCAUCAAAUCAGAACGGAGAUGGUCUUGACGAUGAGUUCGAUGAUUUCAUGCAAGCACAACCUAUAACGGACCGAACUGGUAUCAGCGCAAAGCAACGGGAGAAAAAGCUAACAGCGACAUUCACAAGUGCUUCUUUGAAGGCACCCAGCAGGCGUAGUUAGACGUAAUCAUUUGGAUCAAUUAACUUUCGGUGGGAAUGUAAGUAGUGAUUGUGUAGCACCGGUGGUAUGAACGUGUUGCUCAGUUCGAUGAACGGGACACUGCGGAAUGUGGCUCUAAUGAUGACGUGUUGAAAAUAAUUACUUCAGAUGUAUUGCUGCACCUAAAUGUUACUCUGGUGAUAUAAACUCUUCAUUUUCAAAUACAGUUAUAGCGCUCUGUGCUGAGCUCUGUCCAGGAGAAGGCAUAUGAAGUCUGACAGGACAUAAACGAGCUUGAGAGAUAGGCAAUGAUAUAUCAUAGACAGAUGGGGUUUCUUUUGGAAAGGGAAGGAAAAUGAAAAUGGUUGCCGGAAAGAGUGGGCAUUUCAAUGACCGGAUUACAUGUGCUGAACGCAACAGCAUCGCAAAGAUUCAAGAUAUUCCAUGAUAGCGGGCGAUUUGAG